CACACAAGGGGGAAGAUGGCGGCGCCCUGUAAUUCGGAGCUUCCGUCCGAGGCUUCGUCUUGUCUGAAAAUCCCGACUCCCCUCUAUACUAUCCCCCAUCAGAGACCCACAGCCAACCCCAGCCCGUGCCGUGAGAGGAUGAAGACUCUCCGCAGAUGCUACAGUCGCGUAAAAGAGCGUGGCGUUGGGAAAAGGAAAAGCAGCUACACCUUUGAGCAACUAGAACGAGUGUUUGGUCAGGGAGGAUGGGACACACAGCCAUGCCAACCAGUGCUAAUAAACAGCAGCGGAUUGUAUCAGGAGAUGGAGUCUGACGGCAGCACCAUGGAGGACUAUUCCCAGGAGGACUGGGCCAACCACAGCCAAGAGAUCCAGGGCUUCCCGGGGGAGGAGCUGGAAGAAAUCAGUAUUCCAAAGAGACCGCCGAAGAGCAGAGAAUCUGCAGAGGAAGUACAGAAAAGAGAUAUGCUAAAGAUUAUAAUGCACAUUUUGGAGUCCGUCCAGUUGAAGUGGGAGCUGUUUCAGAGCUGGACAGAUUUUUCGAGGUUGCACCUCUCUAACAAACUGGCGAUAUUUGGCAUCGGCUACAACACGAGGUGGAAGGAGGAUAUACGGUACCAUUACGCAGAGAUAAGCUCCCAGGUACCGCUGGGGAAACGACUCCGCGAGUACUUCAACCCCGAGAAGCCGGAGGGGCGGGUGGUGAUGACCAGAGUGCAGAAGAUGAAUUGGAAAAACGUUUAUUACAAGUUCUUGGAAAUCACCAUCAGCGAAGCUCGGUGUCUGGAACUGCACAUGGAGACGGAUUGGAUUCCCAUCGCUCACUCCAAGCCCAUCGGAGGAGACAUCGUCCAGUACCUCUUGCCCGGCGGCAUCCCCAAGUGCCCGGGCCUCUACGCCAUCGGUUACGAGGAACUGCGGAGUAAGCCCAUCUCCGACAACGCGGUGGUGGAUUUAGUCAACGACGGGAAUUGUGACAGUCCUUCAGAGCCCGAGCCAGUACCUCCAAAAAUUAACUAUUGCUACCUGGGCAUCGCCGAAAGCAUCACGUUGCAGCAGUGCUUGUUUUUCCACUUUCAGUCCACCGUCAAGAACCAGAGCAAAGAGUGGGCGAGCAUCAAUGGAUUCUUAGCGCAGAACUGCAAGGUGGAGCCGGGCGUCUCCCCAAAAACUAUCUACAUCAAGUUUGUUGAAGUGGAGAGAGAUUUCCUCUCCGCGGGUUCUUUAGUAGAGUGCCUGGAAAAAGCCAUUGGGUACCCGUUAAAAUUCAACAAGUGAUUCUUGUCCUUUAUAAGGACUUGGGGCUUCUACGGACACGUAUUGCAUUUUUCUGCCAGGGUUUUGCUGCCGAGCCGUGAAUGAAUAUUGUCUAUAGCGGAGAGAACUCGUCUGAUGUUUGAACGAAUCAUCCCCGUACCCAAUCCCCCCCUUACCCCCCUUUGACGAUCUUUUGUGGCAAGUUAGA